AUGACAAAGUCCGCUAUCGUCGAACAAUCUGCCCCCAACAAACCUCCCAAGCUUACACCAGGCAAGAUCACUCCACAAGUCGCUUGCGACUGGGAGAAUGCUUGCGACACCUACUUCUUACACAAACAAGUCGAUGCAGCGGAUCAAGUCAAAAUGAUCGCUUCCGGAAUGACAGACCCACACUUAUGCAAGUAUAUGUCAGCCCUCAGAAGCGCUUGGCUUGAAAGCCACUGGGCAACCAAGUUGCGCAAAAAAGUCCUAGGUUCUCAACAAGGUAACCGCAGGUUCUACGAGUGGGCUUUAGACCUUCAAAACCUAAACACCUUACUAUACGGAAACCCUACGCACCUCGAUGAUGUCCAAUUGCGGAAUCAACUGGAAGCAAAUAUCUGCGACAAGUUGACCAUACCCAUACUCAGAGCAAAACUCGCUGACGACCUGUCCCUCAAGGAAUGGAUCGAAGAGGUCAAGCAUCUUGACGACGAACGUCUUGAAGACUUGGCCUCUCAAAGGAAGAUCGCCGAAGAGAUCCACAGGUCAUCAAAGAGAAACAUCGCAACCACAUACAAACCAUCCUCCUCAUCUACAAAGACUUACAACGCCUCGUCACCUCGUCUAGGAUUGCUUACAGAAACGGAAUGCGCACUUUAUUGA